AUGGCUCGGAUCACCACUUUCGUUGCGCUCGCACUCGCAGGUGUCGAAGCGCAGCUAUGGAACCAAACAAUCGAGACGCAAUACUGCCCUGUCGAAGGCUUCAAGUACUUCAACGAAAGCACGCUUGCAACCUACUUCAACCUAACAAGCUCCAACGUGACGGCGUUCCUAGGGGUUCCUUACGGCGCGGACACAGCAUACCAGGAGCGGUGGAAGCCUGCACAACCACCAGUGCCAUGGAAUACGACCCUGAAAGCUUCCGAGUUUGGUCCGGUAUGUCCAACAUCAGACAGCGGGUUCAGUGCUUCCUCGUCUGUUAGUGAAGACUGCUUGACCAUAAACAUAUGGACCAAUGCCGGUACGAAGGAUGCCAGGCUUCCAGUCAUGCUUUGGAACCAGGGCUCGGGGGAGACCAGCGACAGUACUUGGUGGUACGGUGGCGGUAUGGCUCUCAAGGAUGUCAUCCUCAUCACCUUUAAUCGUCGUGACGAUGCCUUCGGGUAUUUGGCACAUCCAGACCUAAAUCAGGAAGGGUUCGAGCGGACAGGCUAUUACACAAGUGGCAACUACGGUGUGCUCGACCAGCUUGCAGUUCUGAAGUGGAUCACGACGAACAUUGCCAACUUUGGUGGGGAUCCUAAUCGCGUUACUAUUGCAGGCCAGUCCUUUGGCUCGUCACAGGUCUAUCAUGCGGUGAACAGCAAGCUCUUCUCUGGCUACUUUCACGGUGGUAUUUCCGAGUCUGGAAUUCGCUAUCCCAAGGACACUCUCUUGGCAGACCUCGCCACCUCCUAUGUUACCAUGGAGGAUGCUCUACUGAAUGGACAGAAGUACACUUUCUACCACAACGUCACAUCAAUUGCUGAAUUGCGCAAGCUCUCGCUCGAUGAGCUAUUGAUCGGAUCCGGCGAUCGGGUUGGUAACUCUUCGAUCUGGUGGGUCACUGCCUUGUCAGCUAUGUAUCCGCUCAUUUUCAAGCCUGUACUGGACGAUUAUGUGCUGCCAAAGACGUACAUGCAACAAUUGAUCGACGGCCCUGCGAAUGAUGUGCCCGUAAUUACGGGCAAUACACUUGACGAGUCUGGCGCGGCGACCUCCACAAAUUACACCCUCGCUCAGUUCAAGUACUACAACCAGCUGAAAUAUGGCAGUCUAUAUGGCAACUUUACAAAAUUCUAUCCGACGAACGACAACGACACUCUUGCGAAUGACCAAUGGAACCAAGCGGCAAUAGACACAUCUCUCGUUGGAUCCUGGCUCUUUGCCAGAGACUGGUACAAAUCGGCCACCUCUCCAUUCUAUACCUACUUCUGGACACACGAACCACCCGGCCAGUCGCAAGGUGCAUUCCACCAAUCAGAAAUCAUGUACGCUCUGAAUGCACUCUAUGCCAAUGCGGAUCAAUACCCCUUCUCAGAGGUUGACUACGAAAUCGCGGCUAAGAUGUCCGGGUACUGGUCCAAUUUCGCAAAGACUCUGGACCCUAACAAUGAUGGAUUGGAUAAGGGCAGCACUGCUCGAGAGACCCUACCUUACUGGGCGCCAGUUGAUCGUAAUGGGACCCAGGUCGUGUUCGAACUGGGCAACGCAUUCGGGAACGUUCCUCUCGCUAAGCCCGGUCACGCUGCGUUCAUUGAGGAGUAUUUUGCUCGUCAGGCUCCUUAUUAG